AUUAAUUCAAAAGUUAAAUGUGGCUACACGUCCACUGAUCACGUGAUCGUUCCUUCAAAACCUGCACUUCCGUCUGUACACAGGCAUUAAACACACGCAGAAAUUUUGUUAUUUUCUGCUGAAUCUGAUACGUGAAGGAGUGUGAUUACCCAGCAAACGAAAUGGGGAUUAAAUUUUUAGAGUUCAUCAAGCCUUUCUGUGCAGUUCUGCCGGAGAUUUCAAAACCUGACAGAAAGAUCCAGUUUAGAGAGAAAGUGCUAUGGACAGCUAUAACUUUGUUCAUUUUCCUUGUGUGCUGCCAGAUCCCACUGUUUGGCAUAAUGUCAUCAGACUCUGCCGAUCCAUUUUAUUGGCAAAGAGUUAUUCUUGCAUCUAGCAGAGGUACUCUUAUGGAGCUUGGUAUUUCUCCAAUCGUAACAUCAGGCCUGAUCAUGCAACUACUUGCUGGAGCCAAGAUCAUUGAAGUUGGUGAUACCCCUAAGGAUAGGGCUCUCUUCAAUGGUGCCCAGAAAUUAUUUGGUAUGGUGAUAACAGUGGGACAGGCCAUUGUGUAUGUGAUGACAGGGAUGUAUGGUGACCCUUCUGACGUUGGAGCUGGUGUCUGUCUUCUUAUCAUCAUUCAGCUGUUUGUUGCGGGUCUCAUUGUGUUGCUCCUGGAUGAGCUCCUUCAGAAAGGCUAUGGUCUGGGUUCGGGUAUCUCCCUCUUCAUUGCAACCAACAUUUGUGAGACUAUCGUCUGGAAGGCAUUCAGCCCGGCAACUGUCAAUACUGGCAGAGGUACUGAGUUUGAAGGAGCAAUCAUAGCCUUGUUCCACCUGCUGGCCACCAAGCAAGACAAAGUGCGGGGAUUGAGAGAGGCUUUCUACAGGCAGAACCUUCCCAAUCUCAUGAACCUUAUGGCUACAGUCUUCGUGUUUGGCGUUGUCAUAUACUUCCAGGGAUUCCGUGUGGACCUACCCAUCAAGUCAGCGCGCUACCGUGGCCAGUACAGCUCAUACCCCAUCAAGCUCUUCUACACCUCCAACAUACCCAUCAUCCUGCAGAGUGCCCUUGUCUCAAACCUCUACGUCAUCUCUCAGAUGCUGGCAACCAAAUUCCACGGAAAUUUCUUCAUCAACUUGUUAGGAGUGUGGGCUGAUGUAAGCGGUGGUGGGCCAGCCCGUUCGUACCCUGUUGGAGGUCUAUGCUACUAUCUGUCCCCACCGGAGACCCUUUCUCAUGUCGCUGAAGACCCUAUUCAUGCCUUCCUUUACAUCGUGUUCAUGCUCGGCUCUUGCGCCUUUUUCUCCAAGACCUGGAUUGAAGUGUCUGGCUCAAGUGCCAAGGAUGUUGCUAAGCAGCUGAAGGACCAGCAGAUGGUGAUGCGAGGUCACCGUGACACGUCGAUGAUCAAGGAGCUCAACAGAUACAUCCCCACUGCUGCUGCAUUCGGUGGUCUCUGUAUAGGCGCACUCUCAGUCAUGGCCGACUUCAUGGGUGCCAUUGGCAGUGGAACUGGUAUAUUGCUCGCAGUCACUAUUAUAUAUCAAUACUUCGAGAUCUUCGUCAAGGAACAGAGCGAAAUGGGAGGAAUGAGCACACUGCUUUUCUAAAUGAUGUCACUUGAAACGUUUAGUUUAUUAAAAAAUUGCAAUUUACGAUCAGAGCAAGUCAGUUUUCAGUGAUAAUCAAGCACCAGUUUUUGUUAUGCAUGUGUUUACUUCAUGAAAAAACUGGUACAGUCUUGUGUGAGGUAUUGUACAUAGACUAUGAAAUUGAAUAAAGAAAGCAGAUUUUAUUUAUUUCGGAGAAAGGAUCCCGUUUAAACUGAAUAUUGAGGCUGCUGAAAAAAAUGGACUAGGUUUUUAUCAAUUGUUGUAAUUAUUAUUAUUGUAGAUAUUUUAUUCAUGUCAUGCCACCGUUUACAUGCAUUGUUUACAUGGACAUUUCAGCAUCAUUUAUUAUAGUAAAGUAAAAUCUACUGCAUUCAUCAUCAUUGUAUGGUGUGCGCAUUACCUGUCGAUAAGUGUUGAGAUAUCUAACUUAUUAUUGAAAUAGAUGACAACUGGAAACACGAUGUUAAACAGAGGCAAGCUGACUGUGAAACAGAUAUCUCAAAGUUGUAUCCCUUUUGAAAAUAUGUACAAGUUUUCUCCCAUCUGUUAGUGGUAAAUCAUUGUCAUCAUUCCAUUUUUUUCCAAGUGCUGAAUUAAUUAUUUACCUAUUGUAAAAAAGUUGUGUUAUGUUACAACAUAACUCACUACCAGUCAACAGUUUUGACUUAAGUCAUUGUUCUUACUUUGCCCCGGGGGAACUCCUGUCAGCUGAUCUAUUAAAACAGGUCGUAUUUAAAGGAGCAUAUUAGGGCUUAAUGUGAGGUAUUGAGUCCUGUCAAUUGUUGGAAAGUGUAAGACAUUAAAGAAUGAUGAAGACCCCGAUAUGAUUCAAUGUAUCUCAUGCUCUCAGAUUGUUUUUUGUUUUCACGGAUGUAAGUCAAUUUUGUUGUAAAUCUUACCAAAAGAUAUAGUUUCCUUAUUAAUAUUGCCAAGGUGAAAUGUGGCUCGGACAUUUUAUAUGUUAAGGAAGAAGUGGAAGGAAAAAUAAAAUAUAUUUAAAUCGUAUCAAA